ACUAUAGACAUAUCACCGCGCACAUCUGUUGCUUCCCCCUAGUAUGAGACUUGGAUGAACCAGAAUCAAUCCAAAGGCAAUAAAACACCGUUGACUGGCUUUCCUGGAGACCCUUCCUGUCCCUGUCUAAUUCACGAACAAAGGUGUCAUCCGAGUGGGACGGACUAGUAACUGCUCUGUUAACGGGCUCGAUGAUGGAAUCUGCCAGCAAGCCCCUGGGGGGUGAGGAACACCACCAGAUGCUCCCUUAUGAUGGAAUUGGCCUACAGUCAAACACCCAGCGGAUCUUGCCUGUCCGGUCUAAAGCAUUCAAUAUUCCCUACCGGCACUUUGCUUUGAUGUAUAUCAAUGGAAAUGGCGAGCUCGAGGUAGAAGCUUCACCUUCAGUUGCAGGAUGCGGAAAGUCUAUCUUCACGUCUGAGGUCAAAGAGCGCUUUCUGAAAUGUGCUGCCCUGGACAGUCAAGGCACAUCUCCAUCCUUUACGGGGUUAGGCAUACAAGAGCGACGCCUCGGCGGUUCGUUGUCACUAGAAGACAAUCACAAUUGGUACCAGAUCAGCGCCGACAAAUCACAAGAACUCAUUCCUUGCGAUUGGCAGUUUCAACAGAACAAACGCCAAAAACGAAGCCCAAAGCGCCGUGAUCAGAAAGGAGAUCGUCGGGGAUCGACUGACUCGACUCCUUCUAGUCCCAGUUUCAGACGGACAGCGUUGCAGGUUGGCGAUGAGAGUCGUAUACUGAAAUACUACGAGAGGGCAUUUGAUGCUUUUCAACAAUUGAACUGCCGGGUGAUCGCUAAGGCGUUCAUUAAACUGGUGGAGCCACGCAAGCAAGUGAACCAUCCUUAUAAUGGACGGAAAAUAGCCUCUGGUUCCUCACCUGAACAGCGACUGGACCCGGAGAUGACAAAGCCAAGAUGGUGGCCCCAAGGUGUCACUCACAAGGAGCCAGACCAUCUUCUGAAAGCAGAGCGGAUUCGCCUCCUUAUCCAUAUACUCCGUGAGCUCGGGGAUAGCCACGGGAUCACGGCUGAGAAGCUAAGAGAUGCCGGGCAAGAUGUCAGGCGGCAGAUUCAACCGACAGAACGCCUAAAGGUGUUGGAUGAAAUUUACAACGUUCGAAGUGCGGAAGAACGGUAUCUUCGAGGAGAGAUCGACGGCGAUUCUAUCAUCUACGUCACUCAAGUCCACCUGGCCGACGCAAAUAUUGAGUUUGAAUAUGAGCAGGAUACCGACGGUGAUUCUCAGAGCUCCUCGGCUGCUGCAUCGACCGUGGGGACUAAGAGACCCAGCGUGACGGCUGAACAAAUCUCGAGACCGGUGCUCCCACACGAUGGCUUUCCAUCCCUAAGCAGCUUGAGGAACGGCAUGCCGCACUCGACGCCAGAAAGCCACUGCUCACCCUAUGUCCCCGACAGCGGUCAGCUGAAACAAGCGACUCACGAGUUUGCUCUCGGUAUUGCUCCUUCUUGUAGUAUACCAGCUUCGCCGCAUGAAGUCGGUCCAUCGUGCAUGCCAAACUAUUUCACCCAACCGUUAAUGAUCGCCCCAGGGCGGCCGCCACAGCCUGCCUUGUGGGAUCCGUCGGGCCACACAUCACCGAUAUUUCCCCAUGGAUACUGAUUGUUACUCUCGAUUGAUUCUUAUAUCGUCUGCUGAAUAACGGAGCUGGACAUGAGGCUCGCACAGGUGGCCAUGGAUUGCUAGCCUCCCUUGAGGGUUUCUGGUGUUUAUAUUACGGUUUUUGGGUCAGACGAUAAGGAUCCCGUGGAGCCUCGGGUUCUAAUAUCCAGGGAACCCCGGUUUGAACGAUCUAUAAUGGAAACAGGCCUAUUGUGAAAAGACAGUACAUGAAACUCUAUUUAGCCCAGGUUGUAUAGAUGCUAUAGAUCUAAUAUAUUCUAAUAGGGCCUCCAGCCCGAUUUUAGUUCUCACUGUCACUUGAACCAGCAUCUA